AUGCUGCGGCGCCGUAUCGUUUUGCCAGUGCUCUCCUCAGCGGGGUUGCAAGCAGUGGAGGCGAGUAAGCGACACACGCGGCAGUCCGGGGGGUUUCAACAGUUUUCGUAUCUCCCACCUGGCAACCAUGCGCCGCGGAUGCCGUGGCUCCGUGACGCGGUGCCGCCGGCUUCGACUAUAAAAAUGGCAGCGUACGACGACGCCGCGCCGUCCCACGCGGACCCCGCAGACUUGGAGGGCAUUCUCAGGGCGCCCCGCAACUCGUCCGACCCGGUGGCCGCCGCUUUGGCACGGGCCGCAGCGGAGUCCGCUGGGCCGCUGCAAACGACUGCAGCGAAGGGCGGUCCGCUACGAACCACCGCGGCCUGCCGCAUGCCUGCCCUCGCCGAGCCAAACCUGGACACUCGCAUUGGCGACAUCUUGAAGGUUAGUGACUCCCUCGCCGGGGAAAUGCUGCCUGACGUGGUGCGACUACUUAUAGAGCCCAGCGCGGAUGGGGUGGAAAACGUCUCUCUCAGUGAUUUUGCGGCCAUGCAGCCCAAGCGACAGCUUGCGGCCCUCGCCGGGAGGAAGCAGUGGCAUGAGUGGCUUAUUGAAAGUGCCCACUACAAACAGGUGGCUCGCCUGGAGCUGGAAUCGCCGUACUACGAUCUGCGGGCGCUGCGGCAGGCGGGGGUGACCACGUUGUACCAGUGGGCGGAGCAGCCGGAGCUGGUGAAGGUGUCGUCCUACACACGCAGCCUGCUGGAUGCCGCGGUGGAAAAAAGUGUCGAGGCCUACGUGGAGGAAGUAGUCAAAGUAGUUAACACAAGCAACCGGCUCUCGGAGGCGUUGGUGUCGUGGGCAGCAGACACGGUGAGUAGCUUUGUCCUGGAGUCGCUGCGCAUGACUGUAGAGCAAGCCGCCUCCCAGCGGCAGGCGACGGGGUUAGGAAACUCUGUGGUAGGGACGGAAAAUACAAACGAAACCAUCGCGGAGGAACCUGCGAUCGCCGCGAUGGGCACCACAGCCGCCUCCGCGCGACCAGGGCACGUCUGCACCUUGGAGCACUACCACCAACUCGCAAGAAAAGUGCUGGCGAGUGUGAGAAAAGAAUACAUGGCUCAGCGGCACGCCGAUUAUGGUGGAAAUGCUGCCGGGAAAACGCUGCCGGAUGGCCAGGCCGAAGCGGAGAUUCGUGAGAAGGCAUACGCCACUCUCAAUGAGGCAAUACUGAAGGUGUUGGAGUCGCAGGCUCACAAUAUGCCAAAGGAGCUACACGCAUUACGCGAUCAUGGCUUUUUAGCGCUGGAACGGAUCCCUGGCUUACUGCGGCAGGCGGCGUCCGUGCUGCAGUUGCGAAACGUGCCUGUACGUUAUUUCGUCUUUCACAGCACCGGGGAGCAGGAGAAGGAUGAAUUGGAGAGACACGACUUGGAAGUGUCAGCCCCUGGCGGCGCCGAUGCGCCGCUUCCAGGCACAGCCCCCACCUCCUCGAUGAAUGUGGCGGCGCCAACACUAACAAACGGCAUAUUUUUAGCGGGGAUCGACAACUACAACGUCAAGCUUGGGGAGUGGCCUGGGCACCCGCAGCCCUCGCCGGCGGCCGCCUCCGCCGCGUGGCCGGGAGACACGGUACAGAACGAGUACUUCUCGUUGCUGCAUCGCCUAAAACGCCACACCACGCGUGUGGCACGCACGACCCUGUUUGAAAUUAUCAAAGGAGCCGAUGAGUUUCGCAAUGGCUUUAACGCGGCGGAAUCGCUUGGGCUGCAGCAGCUCUUUGGGACGGCAAAGCUUGUGGAGGAGCGCCUCAGCUCUGUGCUGAACUGCUGCUCCACCCCGCCCUCCAUCGCUAAGCCGGUGCAUUUUGUAGAGGCUGGCUACUCCUGUGGGAAGACUGCCGUCUUGGAGCGUCUCUCCAGGCGCAUGUCUGAAGCCGGCAAGAAGGCCGUUAUUGUACGCUACACAGGGGCCACGAUGCCAUUUACCCCGGGCCUAGACGAUCACCCGCUCGCCUUCUCCUCGCGCUUCUGGUUCCGCGUUGCCCUCGCCUCCUGCCCGUACCUAAUACGCACCGAGGAGCUCUUUACGCGGGCCCCCAAGUCGGUGAUGUGGUGGGCUAACCGCCUCAACUGGUCGUGGGAGUUGUACCAAAAGCGGAUUCGGCUUUAUGGCAACUGCGAGGGCACCCCGUCCUUGCUGCACGCGGUGCUCGUGGAUGACAUGGACCGUGUGCUGGAUGCCAUGGAAACUAGACUGGUGGCCGCCGCCACCGUGUCCACGACAGGCAUGCUCAAUGGUGUACCGAGCCUCACCUCCCAGGCUGGCUACGCCGCAGGGGCAGAAGCUGCAGAAGCAGAUGUGCUGACAACCACAGCAACCGUGCUGAGGUCGGUAAAUCACAGUAACCUGGGCAAAGCGCACAGCCACGACAAGGAUAGUAAAACGAAGAAGGAAGACGCCUCCGCUGUCUCACUAGCAUCCAUGCUGCACCUCAGGCAUUACACGCCCUUCCACGUGGAUGCUGUGGAGGCGGCUUUAGCCAAAGUAACCGUCGCAGUUGGGCAACUUGACGUGGUUUUCACUGGUCAUCGUGCAAGCAGGCUUCUUCUUACGCAUGCGGAUACACCGGUGCGGCGCUACUUUAUUCCAUUGUCCAACGGUAUUGGACUACAGCAACGACUUCGUGUCUUACCGCUUGUAUCUGUUUUAUACGCGUUGCAUCAGCGAUCGCGUCUAGAGUUUUCAGGGCUCAUGUAUGAGGUCCUUAAGAACUGUCCCGGUCUGCUUGGUUACACCCUCGAUGUGUUUUGGUCGGGGCAGGCGGCGUUGAUGGACCUUCGCGGCGGUGCCCCGCGUCUCAUGCAGUGGAGCGGCACCCACCCCUUGCUGCGCAGCUACGUGCCCACCGAGCUCUUUGCAGAGCUGCCGCAGCGCAACUACCUCCUGCAAAACUUACCAGAGGCCCGGCUGCGAUUGGUGGAGCUGCUGCAGCGGCAGUUAAGCAGUCCCACGGGGUUUCUCACGACGGGGGUGGACACCACCGUGCAGGAUGAGCGGGAUGGCUUUGUGGUUCCCUACAAUCAUACAACGUGUCAGGUGCACCCCUUUGCGCUCUUUACGAUAUUCACCUACCAGGACAUGUUGGAGUCUCCACGUGAGACGAUGGUGGUGCGUGCCUGGGGCGAGGUGUGGGCGGAGUACUGCGCUGUCGUGAGCGCCAUGGGUACCACGACUGAGCGCAAGCGGGACGCCUUGCGAGUGCUUCUGCAUGGGGCCUUGCUGCUGCGCGUGGUGGCGGUGUCUGGCGCGCAGAUGGACCUCAACAUGAAGAUUCCACCCUACGGGUUUCCUUUGCUGGCCUCCCCAACACGUGUGAAGCAGCGGGGCGGGGCAGAGCCGGUGGCGGUGAAGGCCACUCCCGACACUGUGCGCAAGGCGGCGGCGGCGUACAAGGCGUUCUUUUCACAGACGGAGCAGACGCACAUCCCGUUCCGCCCAAGUGUCGGGCUUAACGGCGGGUGCGACGUGGUCUGCAUCGCAGGGACGACACUGGCGCUCUACGACCUCGUGACGACCCCCGAGGCGCUGCAAGGCAUCGGCUACCGUUUUGCGGAGGCGCUGUUGGGGGUGCUGCACUGCUUGGGGAAGAAUGUCCUGCCGCACAACAAGGUUCGUCAAAUUCACUACGUUAGUGUCGUUUCCAUUGACCAGACGAUGUUGGCGUCGCCGCAUGGGGGAAAACUCACCCUCGCCGGGGGGGCGGCGGCGCCCACGGCCGUCGACGACGUCUUCGCCGCUCCACCCAGCCCUGUUGUGCCGUACCUGUUGGACCUGAGCGCCGUCUUUGAGGACGACGUGAUUGACCGCCUACGUGCGUUGCAGGAGACGCUUGGGAUUGGCAAGGAGUUCCGCACGCUGAAUGACCUCCUGGACGAACUAGAGAGCGCGCACCAGGUGACCGUGCACCAGGACGUGGUUGCCUCGCAGGAGGAGCUUGAGUCCCUCCUCUCCACGACGCUGACGCAGCUCGUGCCGGAUGCCACGGUGCUGCCGGCGUACACGGCGGAGGUCGUCUCCCCUGACACGCUUCUGAUGGAUCUUCUGGUGGAUGAAGAGGAGGAGAGUUUUCGCGGCGCGGAGGUGGAGGAGGUGCGCAGCGACGCCGUACUGGCAAAGGAGGCCGCCACGCCGGAGUCCUACGCCGACGCCGAGCACGUGCAGGAGUCCGCCGAGUUACUAGAGGCGCUGCUCAACGACUCCCUCACGGAGCUGCGGCCGUUGACGGCGGUGGAGCGGGCCACCAACGACACCGCGCAGGCGGCGCUGCUGACGGACAUGGCCACGGAGGAUGCCAUCAACAACAACAUAGCCGUCACUGCAGAGUUCAUGGGCGGGCGGCGGGCGGCGGCGUCCACGACCCCGGCGCCCGCGCAGGAGGACGCCCUGGCGUGGCUGCACGACAUCGUCACCCCGGCGGCGGCGGCGGCCGACGGGCGCGAGGGCGGGCCGGGGCAGGGGCGGGUGACGGUGACGACGACGCUCUCCGGCAACCCCCCGCCGCCGCACGCCGCGGGCGGUGGGGCCUUCGUUUCACUCGACGCCGAGGAGGAGGAGGAGGGCGACGACGACGGCGACGAAGGCGACGGCGGCGAGGAGGCCGAGGAAGUCGAGGAGGACGAGGGAGAGGCGGGAACGCACGCAGGACAGGCGGCGCAGCCAAAGCGAAGCAGAAAGACCCCCAGUCAUGGCGGCGGCGGCAGCCGACAGCGAUCGCGUCAGCCGCGGCCCAGGUCUCAGCGGGCGAAGUCGAAGCAACAGAAGAAGCCGACGGCCUCGGUGUCAGCGGGGCGGAAAAGGCCCGGUAGCAAACACAGCAGCACGGCCGCAGCGGUGGCGGCGGCGGCGAAGCGAAGAGGUGGAACGUCCAAGACGCGCACGAGCAGGACCGCCGCUUCCUCCCCUGCUCCCUCCGCUGCCGCGGGAGGAGGGAAGAAGCGGCGGAGAAAGUAA